GCGAGCUGAAGCAUAUGGCCGAUCGUAAUUUGCAGAGCAGCUAUUUCGAUCUUUCCAAUCUGUACACCGAGCAAGCGACGUACGAUAAGGACGGUAAGCUGCUGCUGCAGCAGUGUGGAGCGCCCGAGACCAUAACGAACCGGAGACCGAUGUCGGUGCAGUUUUUCGCCGUUGCCGGUUUGUUUGCAAAGUUGCACAAUUACUGCGUGGAUCGGGCACCGCUGACGGGUAGCGGACCGGUCGAGGAACGGUGCCGUGCGUUUACGAUCGCCGUGUAUCAGAAGAUCAUCUACGAGCAGCUGUUACCGGUACUGUUUGGUGAAGAGUUUUACAGUGAGUGCGAUUUUAGCUGCGAAUACAAUCCGAACGAGGAGUGUGCCGUCUCGCAGGUGUACAAGCAUGGUCCGGGACGUUUCCAACAUGUGUGGAUAGGCGAAACGAUGCUUUACAAACCUGCUCGUGGGGAGGCGGAUUGGCGAUCGUUUAACGAUUUCUUCCACAAUUAUGAAUCGUUCGAUUGUUUGGGUGCGCUGGCCGGUUCGCUGGACACGCCGAUCAACGUUGGAAAUCUCGCCAGUGCGAGCGUGGACAAGUUCGUUACGGUGGAUGGAAAUCGUGGCACUAGUCUACCAUGCAUCGAUCUGGCACGUAAUCGUGAUGCCGGGCUGUGUCCGCUGGUUACCUACAAACACCACGUGGAGCAACUGUUCGGAGAGGAGAGCCGAUGUUACAGCACGUUCGAGGAUCUGAGCGAUAUCUUUGCACCAGACGUGAUUGAAUUCUUCUCCCGGCACUAUGAGCAUCCGGACGAUAUCGAUGUACUGUUUGCGAACAUGGACCAACGAUUCCAUCCCGGUGCUAACCUGCCAAAGAUGGUCGCUCAAUUGACGUGCCUUGAGAUGAAGCGUCUAAAGUGCACCGAUCGGUUCUUCUACACGUGGAAUCCAAAUCUAGGCGAAGGAGCGCGACAACUUGUAGAAGCGAUGGACUUUACAGUGCUAUUGGCUCUGGUGACCGAAAUGGAGGAAGUUCCAUUGCAACCGUUUUUCGUCGGCAGCCCGACUGUUGCAUCGUGUGAUGUGCGAGACUACAUGCAAUCAUUAGACCAACUUUUCUCCGAUCUGUAAUACAACUGAAAGUUAUUAAUAAGUAAAUCAUUUUUUCUUGGAUAAGUGAAACGACAAAGGAUUAACGCCUACAACAUGACACUAAUAUAAUAAAAAAAUGAGACAAUUGAAAGAAUGUUAAGUAGAAUUAUCAGUCGAACAAGAACGGUUCUAAAGUGCUUUGUUUGCUGCAAGAAAGGUUUAGAUUUCUGUAGCAUUCUUCAUGCUCAGCGUAUCAUGG